CCCAAGGAAGCCGGGAAUUCUGUUUUACUCUGAAAAUGAAACCGGCAUAAAUGUUAUUUUUCCCAACAUGUAUGGUAUGGACUUUUUUGCGGCUUGUUUAUGGCAGAUAAUUGUCCCUGAUGCAUUGUUAAAUUCCUGAUACAUUGUUAAAUCCGUGAUACUGAUGGGGGGUAUUUAGUCCUCCGAUCAAAUCCUACCCAUCACACAAGGAGGUGGGAAAUGAAUCCACAUAAAGCAGCUUUUCUGAAUUAAUGCGUCGUGGAUUCGUACAUUUCAGUCGCCACACACUUGCUGCCCUCAAUAGUUACUUUUCACCUGUAACCGCAUAUUUAUAUUAACACCUGUAUGUUGCUACAUUUAAGCUGGGAUGCAGUUACAUUUGGGGAAGCUGUAUUCAAUCAGUUUUUAAAGAACCACUCUGUUUGCAAUUGUCGUAUAAGGGUAAGAUCCAAUUAAACCGAUCAAAACUUCAAACGAAUGCUUAGUAAGUAGCUAAAACGCACGAUCGAUUAAAGGUGUAUAUGGUUCUGUUUCCGUUUUUGCAGUUAUCAAACGUCGUUACCACCUCCUGCAUAGGUUUUCCCUUAUAAUGUUUGGUCGUUCAUUUGAAACGCAUUGCAUGUUCAGGACUUGCUUGGAAUUUUACUCAACCAGAAAACAGUCUGCAGAUCUGAAUGAGACGACACACUGAAGAGACGUGCUAUUGUGCAGUCCUGUUUUUUCAAAGUUCCUUGCUCACGUUUCAGAGACAGGGAAACAGAGCAUUAGAAAACCAGAGAAGAUGGAGGAAUUUAAAAUGAAUAAUUGCUGGGGUCUCUUUGAAUGUUAUUGUAUAUGUACAUUAUGUAACAUGUUUUGUUGACACAUUUACAGGAGCAUAGGAAACUGGGGAAUAACCCUAGUAUUUAGUUUGGCUUCACCCCCCACCCAAAAAAAAAAACAAAAUAGACUUUUGCAUUUAAAUAUGUAGGUUGUUCCUCCCAAUAUCAUACUGCCUCUCAGAUCCAUUCAUAUUCACAUGGGUGAUAUUGCUGACAGUGUUCUGUUAAACACACACACACACACACACACACACACACACAAAACUAAACUGUGAAUCACCAGUUGAUUUAGUCAGCCCCAAUGUAUGCUACAGUUUGUUCGUGUGGUCAAACUCCAUCUUUAUUUAUAGCCUGUGACAUAAAUAUGAAUAAUGAUUCUGAAAAUAGUGUCACAGUGGGAUUCUGACAUUUCACAAGGCGUGAUUUUUGGGAUGCGCACCGCCGAUUCCGUUUCAAAACACACACGCACCCGGUGGUUUAUUGUUGCAUGUUCGGGAACAUUAAGAAUAUAGCUUUGGGUGGCUUUUGGGUGCCCAGUUGGAGAGGAGAAGUGGAGAAAAUUGGGCUUCUUAUCACUGUGGCACUAGUAGUUCCCUUUUCAGUCCUGGUGGCCCUUGGUCUGUGACAUGACUCCCACUCACCGUGGUUUUGGUGGUCUAGUCUUUGCUGUCUGAAAAACUAGCAAAUGAGAGGAAGUCGCCCUCGCAUUUAUCGUGAUUGUCACUGACGUUUUGUCAGGGCAUCUUGUUUGCCAGAGAAAAUGUGGUAUAUAUAAGAUUAAUAUUUUUGCCUACACCCUUCAAUAACGUACUCGGAUGUUACCUGUGAAUUAGUUGCCUGAAAAUAUCCCUCGAAUGACUUCUAAUAACUUGUAAUGUCAAUGCACCGUGACCGUUAUGUUUGUGGCGGUGUCACGCGUGAUGUUGUGUGUGCGCUGGCUCUAAAAAUCCAAGCAGCACUCGCCUGAAAUGUGGGGCUACCUGCUGGUCAAGAUUUAAACUGGAUAUAGAAGCGAACCAGGGAAAACUGGUUUAAAUUCGGUGUCUGGUUUUGUUUGCCUUGAGGUGAGGCUGCUUGUUUUCAACCGACGCUGGGGAUUAUCUCGUUGGUAUUCCCCUCAUAGGAACUCCUGACAUUGUCAUUAGCUCGCAGAAAUUUAUUUUAGAAAUCUAUAAAAACUUGAUGUAGUGGUUGUGAUGAAUGUGUUGCUUCGGUCGAAUAUUACGGGCCUGUUUCGAAGUGCUUCAGUAUGGAAUGUAUGCAUAGCUUUCAAAGACUCUUUCUUGCUUUUUUUUUCCCCCUCUUAAUUUUCAUUGUGUGGGUUUUGUUUUUAUUUUACGACCCCUUUUAAGCCUCUUUUUGAGAUUUUGUUUCCUGUUUUAUCUGCCCCAGAGCUGAAGCGUCAAGUGUGUGUAUCGACAUGUGACGCGGAUUUCCCUCCAUUUUCUGCAUCGCCUGUGAGAUGCUUCUCUGGAGUCGUCGGUUUUAAAACCGAUGUUAAAGAAAUGGCUCGGGCCGCUAUUUUUUUCAUCGUAAACUGUCUCCACCUCGACCAGUAGGGCCAGGAAAUUCCAGUUUGGCUCCGCAUGGUACACUCGCCCCGACUCUGCGAGCAGUCAGCAUUCUCGGCGCCUGCUACUUGGUAGUGACAUCCAGCGGUAAUAAACAGGGGCCUUUGUCGCCACUCACCUGUAUAAUUCUCUAGCCGUGGACUACACUGUCAGCGUUCCUAGCCAUUUGCAUGCUUUUUAUAAUUUUUUUUGUCACUUCUUUGAGGCUUUGGCUGCCUUUGUCAAAGACCGAAGUGGAUGCUGUGUUGAAUGUCUGAAAACUCUUUUCUGUAGUCUCUCUUGCGAAGUACCGGGGAAUCCAUCUCCUCAUGACGUCUCCUCCCGCGAUGCACAGCUAACACCGCUAACCCGCCGGAAGAGAGGUGGUCUUCGCGUCGUCAGCUGAAGAUACAUGGCAGCUUUAGGGAACCCUGAGAUGCUGACCAGGAGGAUCAAGCUUUGGGAUAUCAACGCCCAUAUCACCUGUCGCCUUUGUGAGGGCUACCUGAUUGAUGCCACCACCGUCACCGAGUGCUUACACACCUUCUGCAGGAGCUGCUUGGUGAAAUACCUGGAGGAGAAUAACACCUGUCCCACGUGCAGGAUUGUGAUCCAUCAGAGCCACCCUCUUCAGUACAUCGGCCAUGACCGAACGAUGCAAGAUAUUGUGUACAAACUGGUACCUGGACUUCAAGAAGCGGAGAUGAAGAAGCAGAGGGAGUUCUACCAGAAGCUGGGGAUGGAGGUGCCGGGAGAUGCCAAGGGCGAGCUGUGCAGCCUGAAGCCACCCCUCGACGACCAGCGUAAUGGGGACGUGAAGACUGAGGACGCGGCAAACAAGGAACCCGGCGAGGACAAGCAGGAGGAGGAAAACGACUACCACAGGAGCGACGAACAGGUCAGCAUCUGCCUGGAGUGCAACAGCAGCAAGCUGCGGGGCCUGAAGAGGAAGUGGAUCCGCUGCUCUGCCCAGGCCACCGUGCUGCACCUCAAGAAGUUCAUCGCCAAGAAGCUCAACCUGACCUCCUUUAACGAGCUGGACAUUUUAUGCAACGAGGAGAUCUUGGGCAAGGACCACACGUUGAAAUUCGUAGUUGUGACAAGAUGGAGAUUUAAGAAAUCUCCUCUCCUGCUUCAUUACAGACCUAAAAUGGAUUUGCUGUAGAUGGACAGGUCGGUUGUUUUUGCCCCCCAAGACGGAGAAAGCUUCAUGAACUGAAACGAUUACGGUCCUGGGGCUACACUCAGGCUGAAUGGCACACCAGCGUAGCCCAACGGCAGGUAGCCCGCCAGGGUUUGGGGUCCUCAGUGUUGAGGGGUAUGAAAACAUCCAUUUUCGUCCUCUACCUCCUAGUUAUGUGAACAAUGAGGAAGAAUAAAGAUAUUUAUACUUUUGUACAGAAGAGAGAAGAGCCGCUCAGACACUACUGGUAUUCUGUUUACAAACGGAUGAGAAGAUAGCAAGGAGGUUACCGCUUUUUAUACCCAAACUCCCCUUCCAUCUCCCUGCCUUUCCGGUGCAUGGAUGUCAGCUCUGACACCAACAACGUGGGCUGGAGAAGCUUUCAACAAGCCCCUUCAGGUUACACUUCUCAAGUCUUUGGAGCACAGAAAGUAUAUAUAAUUAUAUAUAAAAAUAUAACAAUUUCUAAACUGUCGGAGUUUUGUAACGUCUCCAGGAUUUUUUUUUUUAUUUUUAUUUUUUUGUUUGUUUGUUUGUUUUGGUUGUUGCUUUGACCCGUUUGUGAAUAGGAUGAAUUUGAAAAAAGUAGUAAUUUAUGUUCUAUAUUCCAAUAUUGUACAUAAAAAAUGAGGUCAGAGAGUUUUAGGUAUGUUUUCCAGAAGUGCUAUUGGAAAUAUGCGUGCGUUGUCAAAUGGCAAUGUCAUGAACGAAAGGGGUGUUUUUUUUAUUUUUUUUUAUUUUUUAGUUCUUGUGGAAAUUUAAUGUGAAAUGUAUACCAGCUCAUGUUUCACGACUUGGAUAAACUAUUUUUUUUUGUCUAAGAAAGCUUCCAGAACAACUUUGUUCCUUAGCAUUAACACCCAGCUCAAAGUUAGCUUUGUCUAUUUGACGUGUAUUAUUUUAUUAUUAUUAUUGUCGUGUUUUUUUUUUUUUUUUUUUUAACCUGUGUUCUCUUGUAUGUGUUGGCCUCUGGUUUCCUCAUGUCUUGAAAAGGCAAGCGUCUGUUUUUAGUAUUCACAUACUGGGUUUCAUUGUGCUUCAACUUUCUCCUCUUAUAAGAUGCUUUGACAUGCCAAGCAGCCUGUCAGAAUAAUGGAGAAGUCCUCUUCUCCCAGAAGAUGUUCUGCACCACCCUUGAUAUUUGCAGCAUCGUUUCUUGUCCACUCCCUUUCUCUCCCCACGACUACCAAAAUCUCGGCCCAUACUCUUGACAGUCCUCCUUCGUGAUUGGUUGGAAGCUGUCUGAAUGUCAACACUGAAAUUAUGUUCUCAAACAAUCACAAGGCCUUAUAUAGAAAGCUCUUAAAUUAUUGAAUUGUCUAGAUGGGGAUUGAAACCAUAUUUUCAUUCUUUUGUAGCUCAAAACCUUUGCAAUGCUAUACACAGUUUUUUUUCUGAUUUUAUAUUGCUUCGGGAGAUCAGCAAAUCAUUCUGGAAGGUUCUUAGAAAAACGCAACUUGAUAUAAAAUUGAUCAUCGUGUAUACUAAUCAAGAGUACUGUGAUUGGUCAGUAUACUCUCUCAUACAGCAUUAAAUGGCCACCCUUUAUGAAGGGAAACAGAGGCACAACCUUCAGUGCUGGACUAUGUAUAAUUAAAAUAUAUAUUUUAUUUAAGUUAUCAAGAAAAUGAAAUUCAGAGGUUUGCGGAGUCAUUCUUUAAAACUGGUAUUUCUUUUCCUCCAAAAUCGAGGUGCAUAUUUAAAUUUGAGUGCUCUGAUUUGUAAUUUAUUGUGUUUUGCGGAACACCUUGAAGAAAGACUGCUGACAGCCUGCAGCACCACUUACGAGCUGCUUAUUUCCGGACUGUAGUUCUGGCGUUUCCUUUCAGCUGCCUGGCGUAUUCGGCCGUUAGCUCAUCCGUCCUUUGCGCGCCGACCUCGUCUCCUAUAGUGCAGCCCUAGCUGAAGCGAGCAGUCCUGGUGUUGCUUGUUCCUUUGAACCGUUUUUGGAAAUUCCUGGCUAGGCCCCAAAUGCUCUUUGUUUUUUACCACAGUGGACCUGAGAGGUGCAAUGAUUCGUGAGUCGCCGAGGCCACUUAGGCGUUAUUGUGUACCGAGAUCUACGAUGGAACGCCUGGCACGUGACUUUUUGGAAGUGUAUGUCACGUUGGUAUCGUCAGCGAACAAUUAUCUAGUGAUAUUUGCCGAAGUUGUAGCUUGAUACAGGAAUACCUCAGCAGGGGCCGACAAUGACAGCUCUCAGAAACUGGAUGGCCGUCUUAAACCACCAGUAGUUUCAGCGGCACGCAUUUUCUAAAAUGUCUUUGGAAAGAAUGUGAAUUUUCAUAACCAGACAGUCGGUGGCUAUUGUUUAAUGUCACCCUACCCUGAGAACAGCUCAAUAUCCAUACCUGUGCAAACAUACAUUUACUCCUAUCUGCUUUCAUCAGUUUUAUUGAUAAAAACAAAAAUGUUGACCCGCUACCACAAUUUAUAGCUGUUAUGAGAGGCUUAAAUUUUUGUGUGAAACAGCCAUUUUGCCUUGUUGCAAUAUGUAAAAAAAAAUAAAAUAAAAACUAGUAUGGCUUUUAAAUUUUAUAUUAAUAUUUAUAUAAAUAUUAACAGACCCUGAGGUUUGCGCUGUUGUAUUAAAGAACUUCUGGGCUGCUGGAUGAUGUUGUGUUUUGUGGGCCUGCCCACCCUUGUAGAUGUGGUAUUCUGAAUACCAUAAAGGGGCCCUCAGCUUUGAGGAAAUGAGCUAGGGGGACCUGGGAGGGGUGAUGUUUUUCCUAAACCUUCGUUCUCUCCUCCUUGCCACAAGCUGAGGUUGGUGCUAACUUAUGUUUAUUUAAUUUUAUUAUUAUUACACUUUUUUUUUUUUUCGGUACACUGGGAGCGAGGACUCCUCGUGGAUUUUUCAUGCUUCCACAGUGCCACCACGAUGGCACUCAUUACCGUGUUGUCCUUCGUAUCACACUUCUGUGCGAAUGCUUUGAUUUCGUAAGCCAUUUUAUCCUUUGCCACUGUGCGAAGCAGAAGCUGCUCGCUGGUCCAAACGUCACAGGAAAUGGCGUAUAAAACCUGACGGGUCUCCAGCGUAGAGCUAGAGAUAAAGCUCAGUCCCUCAUCUCCGGUCGGUCUGUCAUCAGCUCACCUACCCCCGGCGCCCUGGCCCGGCCUCCACCUGCCGGUGGGAUGACCCUUACUAUCUUCUCUCGGCAAUGCACAUGCUCAUCAUCCGAAUUAGCUAGCAGGGGAGCCGGAGUUAUGAAAGGCGUUGGGAGAGUAGAGGGCAUCUCUGGAGAAGGCUGGGGUUAUCUCAGCGUGAAAGGCCUGGGAGCUUUGCCAGACGCUUCAGAGUCCAACAGAGCAGCGAGAGUGAACUCAGGUGCAGCACCUGCCUGGAGACAAGGACAGCCUCCUGUUCGUAUGCUCAUUCCUGUUCAUUUUUCUCACUGGAUCUACAGACGACUGUAAUGUGGACUUUCGUGUUCAUAUGCUACUUCAUCCGACGUCCUAGUUCCACUGCCUUUACACCAAGCACUAUUAAUUAAACGCCCAGAAAGGCGGCUUGACGGCAACCUUAGUGAAAAUAGUAUUUUGACUGCUCAUUUGACACAGUCUACGUAUUGCUUUGAACUGGCUGCAAUGCUCAGUGGAGAAAUUGCUAGCUGGAAGUAAUUUGCAAAGCUGUGACAUCCGGGGUGAAAUCUCUAGCUGCCAAACCUCCUUGAGUAACUUCUAACACUGGUCCUCACGACAGGCCUUGUGUCAGUAGAUGACUUUUCACUCUGAAGGUUUAAGCAGUGGUGUGAUGUUCUGUAAUCAGCCAUUCGUUUGGUGUUUCACAACAUGUUUGGGCACUGGUUUUCUGGUAUAAUGUUUGCCAAGGAGGAUGUCCUGGUAUGGGCACUACCUCCUUGUCGUUGACCAGAAUAAAUGUUUGUGCUAAACGGUCUAAUCCUGGGCAUCUGUGGGCCUUAUGGCUGUCUUGGAAACUCUUCCCCUUCUUUGAUUGGUGGUAAGUCGAGUGGUGUUCUGUUACUGUGCCAACGUAACACCAGACAAAGCAUCGCUUGAGCGUAAGGUGGCUGGAGAGCCUGUCGUCGCUGAAUGGAGCAUGUUGCGCUUUUGGCUGAUGAGUGAUGUGGCUGGUGCUGAUUUACCGUCUGCCAAAGUGUCCUGGAUGGACUAAACUUAAUGGGAGCUGCUGAGAGUUCUUUGGGAUGAAGAAAACCACACUGCCCAGCCUUCGUGCUGGCAGACCCAAAAUGAGCCUUAAAGGCAAAGCAUCCAUGAAAAGAGGAUUUUUUUUAAGCAAUUAUCUGUCCAGCUGUACCCCAAGUUAAAUCACAGUGUAUAGCCUUCCUGACCUGAGUGUCUGUUGCUAGACAGCAGUUUCUGGAUUAAUUUCCUGUUGGUUAAGAGCCAUAACCGCUGCUGGCAGGGCAAAAACGCUCUGAGUUGUGAAGUAUCUGAAGCAAAGAAACUUCUAAAUAUAUAUAUAUUCUAACCUUCAGCAUCUCCCUUUUAGGCAUCAGCCUGUGUUGAUUAUUUCUGUUUGUUCCAUUGUAGAGGUUAUCUUUUCACAGACCUGCUCUCUUGUGUGUGAUGGAGAGUCAAAAUGUGCUCCGCUCAGAUUGAAGGUCUUCAGAGUUAAUGCGGCGGUGUGGUUCGGUAUGCUUAGUCUGGAGAUAUAUAAAAUGUGCAAUAUAUGUUCUCAGAGGGGUCAAAGGUCGCAGCUGGAAAACUCCAGGUUGUUUGUUUUUUUUUUUUUUUUUUUUUCUCCUCGGAUUCUCUUGGCUCACUGACUGCCUUCCCGCUCCUGUGCUCUGGGGAAACCGGGAAUCUCGGGCCAUUCCAGAGCACCCUGAUGUGUGAUGCUUACUUCCAUUCGUUGAUGUUUUAUUUUUCUUUUGGUUUGUUUUUCUUGUAUUUCUGCAGGUUUUUUGUACCACAAUGUGAGAGUGGGGUUUUGUCGUUACAUCUUAGGCACUUAUUGAAAGUGUCCUUUUCAUUAGUGGUUCUUGUAUUUAUUGCACAUGCGAUAAAGAGAAUUCCCCCCCCCCCCCCCCUCGUAAAUGAUAUUUUGAGUCCAGGCUGAGUCGAGUCUAGGGCUGUCCGGUUUUUUUUCCCCCUGAUAAACAAGGAAGCAUUUCGUUGAAAAAUUUCAAGAGUGUGUAUUUCAGUAAUAAAUGCCUUUGAAGAA